AUGGGUAGCACAGUCUCCAAACCCUCAAAACAAGACAGCGCUGUAGAUAGUAAGGGACGAUUCAUACGUGCAUCCGCCACUGUAGCUUGCGAAAAAAGUGAAAUUGACGACGAUGUUAAACGGGACAUUAUUGCCAGUAGCAAGAACAACAGCAGCAGUAAUAAUGUCAAGAAAGGAGGGAUACGAUUUUCAGCCUUAUUACAGCAACGGCGUAAGAGCAAAUGUAGCAGUGUCAUUGACAAUGACCCUAACAAGCAAGAUCAGCAGCAGCAACAGCAGCAGCAACGACAACAACAACAGAAAAAGAAAAAGAAAGGCAAAAAACACAAUGUUAAGAGCAUCUCCGUUAAACGGAACGCCAAAUACAAACGAGUGACGAAAAGUAUCAUUGGUAAGCCUGCCAACUUUCAACACAUGAGCCAUAUUGGUGCUGACCAGCCUGCUCGUAUGGUGAUGCAUCCUGAUGAUCAGUUCCUAGCACAGCAGCUGCGUGACAUUACUGCCCGCGUCAAUUCACUGAUGGACGAGGCAGGGGGAGGGCAAGAUCAGAUGACGAUUCCGGUUUCUCCAUCCACGCCCACAUCCUCGUCCUCAGCAUUCCAUCAACAAAAUACGCAGACUCCUUCGCCACCUACUACAGUACCAACAAAGUCAAAGACACAUCAGCAGCUACAGCAAGAUGGAUUUAAGCAGCAGCAUCAACGGCAUCAAGAUUAUACACAGCGUUAUCCAGAGCACAAACAGCAACAACAGCAACCACAGCGGAAGAGUGUGGGUCCUCCUCCUCCUCCUCCAGCUCACUGGAGCUCCUUGGCUUUGCGGCAGGCGAUGCGCCGUCAGCAACAAAUCAAUCAUCACAAGCGAUUACAGCUGCUACAACAGCAACAGCAGCAAACACAGCAGCUAGCUCCAGGACAAAAGGUACCUUCAAUGAAGCGUCGGAAUGUCCAUCCGUCUACUACCGCGAAAAAGAUGAGACAACAACGAUCUACGGGCCGACGACCCCGAGCAAACCAUGUAUCACCGAACGCAUUAGGCAUGCCCCCAUCCUUGCGUCUUGGACCUGCUCGGUAA